AUGGCGAGUCAAAAGAUGAAGAUAGUUCGUCUUCAACAUCGAAAUACGAAUAUGACGACCCACGGGAUGGCGCAGGCCCAUCUUCCGCCUCGCCGUCUAUCUUGCGGACCAGUAAGAGCGCGACUGUUAGCAAAGGUCGGAGUGUCUCGGCACGAACGGAAGGUCGUGAGCGGGGGGUUUCGGUCUCGUUUGCGCCCCCUUACAGAGGCAGUGCUAUCAAUGCGCCUCGAACUUCGUCUGGACCUGAGCCUGACGCGAAGAAGCCAGCACCAAAAAAGUUAUCCGAAUAUAUGGAAGAGCAGGGGCUCGAAUAUCUCACUGCCGCUUCGCAAGGCGGCGGCGGUAAGCAGAAACGAAAAAGUCAAGCACAAACAACUUCACAGCGGGAUGAAACCGGAGAUGGUCAAGGCGGCUCAACACGGUCAUCGAGCAAACAGGGGACGUCAAACAGAUUGUCACGUAGCGGGCAGCACGGCUUUCCCGGUGCGGUUACAGUGGACAGGAACGGGUCGAAUCGCUUCACCGACGCACUGCUACAGAAGCAUCCGAAGAACGUGA